GUCCGAUCUGAUCUCACGGCUCAAACACAAGCUUGCUCGUCCCGCUUUUUGUUUUCUAGUGCCAUAAAACCCUCUCCUCUUUAGCAGAGUCUUUCAGGUUUUGGUCCCCCUUAUUUCAUUUCCUCCAUUGGACAGCCAUACCAAAAGAAAGCGAACCUUUCUCCGUCCCCAACCCGCUCUCUACUUCCCCAGCUCUACCAGGCACUUCUUCCAUCGAUUUCUCCUCUCUCCAGUGUCUCUUGGGUGUUUAGUUUCCAGGGUUUUUGUUUAAUGUUCUACAGGAGUUCAACGAUUUGUGUCAGUUAAGGUUAAUGGUGAUAAAUACUUCUCAAAUGGCUCUGUUGCUCCUCCUCUGCCUACUGGGAGUUGCUUCAGCUUCUACUAGUAAUGAAGAGUCUUUCAUUGGUGUUAACAUCGGCACAGCCCUCUCGGACAUGCCAAGCCCAACUCAAGUGGUGGCUCUUCUCAAAGCUCAGAACAUUCGACACGUCAGGCUCUACGAUGCCGACCGAGCAAUGCUUACAGCACUCGCCAACACAGGAAUCCACGUCACCAUUUCGGUACCCAAUGACCAGAUACUUGGCAUUGGUCAAUCAAAUGCCACGGCAGCCAACUGGGUUUCCCGUAACGUGAUAGCUCAUGUCCCUGCCACAAACAUUACAGCCAUAGCAGUUGGAUCUGAAGUCCUCACCACUCUGCCAAAUGCAGCCCCAGUCCUAGUCUCUGCCCUAAAGUUUAUCUACUCUGCCCUUGUUGCAGCUAAUCUCGAUGCUCAAAUCAAAGUCUCAACCCCUCAUUCAUCUUCCAUCAUCCUCGACUCAUUCCCUCCUUCCCAGGCCUUCUUCAACCGAACUUGGAACCCGGUAAUGAUUCCUUUGCUUAAGUUCUUGCAGUCCACUGGAUCCCACCUCAUGCUAAACGCCUAUCCAUACUACGAUUACAUCCAAGCGAAUGGUGUUAUCCCAUUGGACUAUGCCCUAUUCCAACCCUUGCAACCGAAUAAAGAAGCUGUGGAUGCCAACACUCUUCUCCAUUACACUAAUGUCUUUGAUGCUCUUGUUGAUGCAUCGUAUUUUGCAAUGUCCGAGCUCAACUUCACGAAUGUCCCUGUUGUUGUGACUGAGACUGGUUGGCCUUCCAAAGGAGAUUCUAAUGAGCCAGAUGCCACAACUGACAAUGCAAACACUUACAACAGCAAUUUGAUCAGGCACGUGCUGAAUAACACUGGCACUCCCAAGCAUCCUGGAAUUGCAGUUAGCACUUUCAUUUAUGAGCUUUACAACGAGGAUUCAAGACCUGGUCCAGUGUCUGAGAAGAACUGGGGGCUUUUUGAUGAGAAUGGGGUGCCUACCUAUAUCUUGCAUUUGACAAGUGCGGGUACUGUGCUGGCAAAUGAUACUGCGAACCAGACCUUCUGUGUGGCCAAAGAAGGUGCUGAUCCAAAGCUGCUGCAGGCUGCACUGGACUGGGCUUGUGGACCAGGGAGAGUUGAUUGCUCGCCGAUGUUGCAAGGGAAACCAUGUUAUGAGCCGGAUAACGUAAUUGCUCAUGCAACGUUUGCUUUUAAUUCGUAUUAUCAAAGGAUGGCUAAAUCUCUUGGAGCUUGUGAUUUUAAAGGGGUGGCAGCUAUCACCACUACUGACCCAAGUCAUGGCUCUUGUGUAGUCCUUGGAAGUGUUGGAAGGAAUGGCACUUUUACAAACACAACAUCUCUGGCUCCAUCGUCGAACUCUACGACUACCUCCGGCUGUCCUGUACCAUACUCUGCCCCCGUAGGAGCCGGUUCUUUCACAGCCUCAUUGAUUAUGUGCGUUUUGGUGGUGAGCAUGAUGGCCUUGUAGUAGAUAAUUCUCGUGGAAUGGAUCUGUAUCGUAAUAUGCAGAACAUGUGGCAGCAUUCCCUUUUUUGGUCUUGCUAGAUUAAGGUGUAGGAGUUUAGGGUGUUGUAAUUGUAACAUUUCAUCUGUGCUUCAAUCAUGUAGGACUUUCAUUUUAUUUCUCGCUCCCCUGGUCUAGUUAACUGGAUGACUGAACAAAGCAACUCAGAGCAUCCGUAGAUGAUUUUUAUUGUCUGUUGUAACCAUUGGUUCAUCAUUCUUUACACUUGGUAGGAAAGUGGUUUACUUGUGUUUGGAAAGGUUUAGAAGACUGCAUAAACUGGGUUCGAGUGAUGGAUUGGUUGGAAACAUUUUGAAGCUCUAGUCA